GCGGGUCGGAUCCACAGGUGUCAGGAGCCAAUCCAGUUCGAUCGAUAGGCUAACCCCCCGUAAACCUCUCAUGAACAUAAACGCAAUGGAUAGAGAUAGAAAUGUCAGACACGCUGAUAGGGCGGAGACAGUCAAACAAAAUUACUGAAUCCACGCCCGAUUUUCUGUGCCGAUAUGAUGCUCUUCCCCACCAGAAAAAUCUUAACGCCCAUGAAUUCACGGAGGCGCAAGUAACCAAGGUGGGACAAGUCAUUUCGAAAGAAGUGAUCGGCCAACUCAGAGAAAGCAUUGAACAACACGCCAGCGAAAGAUGAGCGCUAGGGUGUCGUGAUAUCAAUAAUACAUUACGGAUAUGAAAUGGCAGCCUUGUCUAACACCAACAUUACCGUUCCCGAGUACAGUGUAAACAUAGUACGUGCAACGUCGCCUUAUCCUCGCUUCUCACUUACUUUUCGCAGUCCAGAUGAGCCCCGAUCAUAUCGACACCUGAUACCGAAAAUACUGAGAGCUCGCUCAAACUGUCUAUAUCCGGGUGACGGGUGCAACAAAAUGUCAGGCAAGGAAUAAAGCUUAUGGCCGUUAUUAAUCGAGCCACAGCUAAAUAGAUGCCUUUAGUAGAACAGUUCUUCUCUCCCGUAUUAGUAACUCAACUACCCAUCGCAGAAGGAGUAGAGAGCAGUUGCCGGGAUGGAGUAAUUCCUGUAGACAAAACUGUCUUCCACACUGCGAUCAUUGAAAUUCGGAACCUGUUGACAACAACACGUUUAAUAAUCGCAAGUACAGUUGAAGCGGUUCUGCAGCUCUGUUCCGCCGAUAGUGAUAUAUGUCAUGAGUCGUAAAAUGUAAAGGAAAGUGAUACACCUGUAAAGUCUGGACAACAACACUCCAAUAAAUACUACCAACCAAGACCAGCGAACAGACGAAUAUCCGCAUGCGUUUCGUACUUGUCCGCCGAAUGAUUAUUAACUUUUACAACGUCAAACUGGUUUGAGACUUCGUUCCAGUGAAAAAUCCGCUUGAUUCCGGCCCAUCUACACCAUUCCAAGCACCUCCAGCACGGUCUAGCAUUUCCACAGCCAUUCUUAGUUAUUCUCGCUACGUAGAGAUCUGCUCCGUUCAUUCUAGGGUCACGGCGCCGUGCAUCCCACCGAGACGCCUUAAAUCCGGAAUCAAGAGGCACAAGGCCUUCAGGCGAGGGCAAGCUGCCGGGAGAGGUCUUCCCAUCCUCGCUGCAACUGGCAUCCGCACUGCUGUCGCUCAUCGGUGGCGACGAUUGCUUCGUACUUCGACCUCGGUCGUGACCAUUCGGACUGGAACUCCGCGUCAUUCUUUUCUGAUAUUUCUUCCCAGAUUUCACAUUCCGAGUACGUUUGCUCGCUGUGGGCCCCUGAAAGGCAACUUUCAGAGGCGGCAGACCCUUUGGGGAUCGGCGACUGUUCUUCUCUUUCUCUUCGGACUUUUGUUGAUGUUCGUGUCCGACAUGGUUGUGGAGGUGCCCGUUGUGGAACGCGCCGCUCGGCCCCUUGAACCUGCUUCCUGAAAGACGGUGACAUGCCCGUGAGACUGAAGAUCGCAUGCAUCUCAGCGUGCAUCGAUACAGGCUUUCGAUGGCCAUGUCGGUGAACCUCCGCCCCAUCAUAAUGCGGUCGAUGAUGAUUGUGUCCCGUUGAGAUAACCUUACCACCUUUCACCAUAACUGCUCCAAGCUUGAAACACAUGGGCGACUUCUCGGCUGCCUGCGCACAUUCCGAGAGAUAAAACUGCGACUUGCUCAUCGUUGAAAAUUUGUGUUCAAAGAAAUAACGCCAGAAUGUUCUUUGAGUGUUGUAGAGGAAUAGCAAAGCAAGCGAUGAAUGCGAUCCACUGAGAAAGCGAUUCCGCCACAGAUUGGAGUCACAAUUUGUGCAGUUUGGCUUUGUUUGACGCCAUCCCCUGUAGACUUACUGUUUUUGGCGUCCCCUUCCUCUCUCUCUCACCUCAUAUCUACACGACUCGAAUAAUUUCUCUGCUCGUUUCUGUGGGCAGAUAGUUGCUUAGUAUUGCCUGCUUGUUUUGAACUCUCUGUGGGCUGCAGGAAAACUCGUCUUGUGCAUUACCUCGGGCACAGUCUUCCCCAAAAUUUGCCAGACACAUGUCGAGUGGCAAGACGCUCAGCAAUGGAACGCUAGGCUUACGAUUCAUGCAAAAUGCACUUCGCGCAAAGCAACAGGCUGCAGUAGACUUGGAACGUGCCAAGGUAAAGGACGAAGCCGAAUGGGAAGUCUCUAAAGAAGUCAGAGAGGCUUUAGGGCUGGGCUCGAAUUCCAGUGGCCAAACCAAACAGACGAUUGCCCAGGAAACCUCAUAUUUACCGUUUCUAUUCCCAUCCUUCCAAACCUCUGGUACACCAUCAAAUGCCGAAGAUGCUGCGGAACAUUUCACUUCCGCAAAACUCAGUGGGCGGCGAACCUUUGCUAAAGGAGGAGAAAUUGUGUCGCCCUCGACUUCUGUAGAUGGCCCUGCAGGAGCAGAUGUGAAAGCGGAGGAAGAUGUCACAGUGUCUUCUGAGCCCUCAACGGAGCAGCCAAAAUCCCGUUUCACACGAAGUGGUGGACCACUUUCGAAGGCACGCACCAAAAAAAUACUGGACCGUGCAGCUCGCUUACCUACGGAACUCUCAUCCGUAUCGGAGGUUCCCGUGUUGUCCAUGAUCUCUGGCGAGACCUCCGCCGCGGUCGGAAUGGACAUACGUCAGAUACGCAAACUAAAAGGCAAGGAGCCCGCCCCCGUCAAGACAGAAGUCGAAGUCAAGUCUUCUACUUCUGCACCAGAUUCCGGCAAAACGGUCACCAGUAUCGGGAAAGGUCCAUUAAGCUUCCUUCGUCCCGCAGGAGUUGAUGCACCCAGAGCCUCGAGUGUGAAAGGGAAGAAGAGCAAGAAGCGAGAGCGGGAUGAGGAAGGAUCCGGGGCUAGUCCAAGUCCUACAACAAAGAAGACGGACUCUGAAUCUACCUCUUUUGCAUAUAGCUCUGAAAGGCAGAGCCAAACUGCGAGGAAAAAGAAGAAACUAGAAUCUGGGCUCUUUGCCGAGUCCUCUUGAUGUCCUUUCGGCUGUCAAUGUGUCUUCACGAUGCUUACCGGCUAUCGCUCCUGCGGUGAUAACGAAAUGUCUCUACGCCGAGUUGCCGUUACAUACCAGCAUGUACAGGAAACGUACGUGCGCUUCCCUUACCCGAAAGCGGUUUGGAAGAUGUCACAACACUUCCUCUGAAGAGUUGGGUUUUUUGCACCACGGUCAUGCUUUGCACUAGCCACGAUCUUAUAAAGAGCUUCAGGCGUCAUACAGCGUCAUAAAUACAUAAAUAUCAUAUACGAAAUAUUACUCGGACGUCAACACAGACAUACUGUGCAAGUGGUUUCUGGAGCUAUGGACUCAUCGUUUCACUGGAUAUCUCUUUGUGCAAGCACAAAGCGGCAGAACAUUGAUUAAAUGAUCUCUAGAGGCGCUUCACAGAAAGGUCUGGCCUCCCGAAAAAAUAAUGCCGGCACCUUAUCGUGUCUCACACAAUUCGAGGGCCUCUUCUCCCGUACGCUCUAGAGUGAUAUAUCUAUUUCGGCGCACGCCUAGCGUCUCAUCGUGUGAGUUCACCCCGAGAAAUAUCAAAGGGAGGGAGACGAGUUACGCGAUUGAGUACAGCUCCUAAAGAGGUCUAGCGUUCUAGGAAAGCACUGCGCCUAAAAGCUACUUUACGAUAUGCUAUUCGGGAUGCGGGAUAAAAGAGCCUAGAAGCUGUUCACGUUCAACAGCCACCGCGCCGAAUAAUGAGUUAUCACCGCAAGGUUAGAACAUUGCUUGAGUAUUUGUGUAUGCAUUUGCAGUGGAUAACGUCACAGUUGGACACUGUUAUCCCUAUACGCCGCGGGCAUUAACUCCGGUGUUUGAGAGGAGAGGACAAGAGCUCUUGGACCAUUAAGGUGGCUCAGCAGAGGAUUAGGCUUGAAGAUAUUCCGCGCACUUCAUUGUCAUAAAAGCAGACAGCACAAUGUGCUUUACUAAGAAUAGGUUCCAUAUCAAGUUCGGUGCAAUGGAAUGAAGAGGUAAUGACUCAUAGAUUCUGUUCGAAAGAAUUUAAUCGUUACGAAACGUACGAGCAUUCUAUAGGAGAAAUGUACGUACCGCUAAUGAAGAGGGAUAUGUCUUGUCCAAAUUG